AUGGCUGCUGCUAUAGAGACAAAACUCUAUGUAACUAAUUUUCCGAGUUCAGCUACUCGACAACAAUUACAACAAUUUUUUUCACGAUUUGGUCGUGUACAAGAAUGUGCGAUCAUGUGGAAUUCAUAUGCAUUUGUCCAUUAUGCAAC